GUCCCAUAAAACCAUCAUAAUUUCAGCCGUUCCACCAUUCAUCUUCAUUUGUUUCCUAUUUACACAGUAUUAGUUUUAUCGCUCACCAGAAAGCACUUAAAACAGCCUAAAUAUCUUUUGUUCCUCUUGAAUUUGCCACAUAUGGCUUGUUUCAGGCCACCGUAUUGGCUUACACUGCUCACGAUUCUCAUUUCACUGACAUGGUCACCAGCUAUAGCAGACCAGAAAGACCCCGCAAGGCUAAUAAAGUUUAAAUCUUCUCUCUCUAACGUCGGGGAACUGAGCAACUGGAACGAUACUGUUCCACCAUGCAAUGGUUUGAAAGAAAACUGGAAAGGAGUGAUCUGUGACAAAGAUGGAAAUGUGUUCGGGUUAUUACUUGAGAACAUGGGCUUAUCAGGGACGAUAGAUACGGACACAUUGGCUGAGAUAACAACUAUCCGAACGUUAAGUUUCACUAAUAAUAGCUUUGAGGGCUCAAUACCUAACCUCGAGAAAAUGGUCCCGUUACGUGGGGUUUUCUUCUCAUAUAACAAGUUUUCCGGGGAGAUAGGAGGAGACGCUUUUUCGGGAAUGAGUGAGUUGAGGAAAGUUGAAAUGGGGAAUAAUGGUUUCAGGGGUAAAAUUCCAAUAUCUCUUACACAGUUGCCAAUCCUUGUGGAUUUGCAGCUUCAGAACAACGCGUUUGAAGGAGAGAUACCAGAUUUUGAGCAGAAAGAUCUAUCAGAUCUGAUAGUGAACUUUGCAAAUAAUAAACUUGAUGGUUCAAUACCUAAUGGGCUCAGCAACCAGGAUCCAAAGUCGUUUGCAGGAAACAACCUUUGUGGUAAACCUCUUAGCCCAUGUGAGAUCUCAAACUCCACUGGUUCUAGCUCAUCAAGGAGAAGUUCAUCAAGGAUAAUUAUUAUAUGCUCCUGUUUCAUAAUGGUUAUAAGGUUGCGAUACAUGUAAUGGAAAAUGUAUUUUGUUUCAUUUUUGGUUUGAAGGAACGAAAUGACAAAACAUGUCUAGUGUUUGAUGUAUUUGUACUAGGAACAUUUCUAGUAAUAUUUAUGUUUAAUUACUUAAUAUCCCUAUUUUAAUAAAAAAAAAAGUAGUUUUAUUGUC